ACUUGUAUGAAGAUGAAGGUCUUGCUGUCUAUGUUGUCGUUGAUCUUUAUUCUAUUGGUGAUGUAUGUCGAUUCGGGUCAUUUGAAUGUAAUUUUACGAAAAGGCAACGUCAAUGGCACCAAUCUGUUUGAAAUUUGCAAACCUUAUGGGUUGAAUGAAGACAAUGUUAACAUAAAGAAGUUAACGACAGGUAGUACUAACAGAACGUUAGUUUGGGUCGGAGCAGUUGUUCAAUACACACCUUGGAUGGAAUAUAGUGGUUGUGGUACAUUAAAAAGUGGAAUCAAUACCGAGACAUCAAUGUUUGAAGCAGACCCGUUUAAAUGUUAUCAGAAAUGCAGAGAGAUACAAUUUACAUAUGAAUACAUUGGAAUGAAUAAGCAUUUUUGUUAUUGUUUGCAUAAGACACAUUUUCAUAAGCGUUUAAGCUGUAAAGUCAAAGAAUGUGACAAUUUUUUAUGUUAUAAUGGAGACUCUUCCAACCUGGUUGCAUUGUAUUUUUUAAAUCACACGUUUCCUGGAAAUAAGAGUCAAGCAGGACAGUGUGGUGUAUUUAUAUAUACACAAAACAAAACUUCACUUGGCAGUAAAAGCUGUUCUGAUACAAGUCAUCCAGUUUGCUAUAAAAAGUCUAACAGUUUAAAUAAAGCACAUGGAGGAGAAUUAAAGAAUUGGAGUGAAAGUAUGAAAUACUGUGAUACGACUUCACCUAGUUCUGUUGAACAUUUACAAAAUUCUAAAUCACCUUAUAUGACAUUUGGAAGUUACUGGACAACCUCAAUCAGAGCAGCAAAAUUAAUUUCACUUGACGCACUAGACAUACGACAAGAUUCCACAUUUCACUGUUUAGCGGCUCGUGUUUCAGAAGACAAUAAAAUACAAGAGCUUGUAAUAGAGACAUGUGACAAGAGAUUGCCAGUAUUAUGCCUGGAAACAACUACUGGGUUUGGAUUCACAAACAGUAGCGAUGGAAAAAUAGAAAUGCAAAGUACCCCUAAUAACCAUUUAAAUAACAAUGAAGAACAGGAUGCUCACUUUCCAUGGGAGAUGAUUGCUAGUUUUAUUGGGGCUAUUAUAAUAAUCGCCAUUAUUGUUCUUGUUAUAGUGAAAUAUAGAAAAAGAUCUCUAAGUAGGAUUGAAAAAUCUGUAGCGGUUACAGGUAUAAAUGAUCGCAGCCCAAAUGCAAGUAAUGAAGAAAAAGUAGAAUCUGAUAAUACCAAUAUUUAUGAUGCUAGUAAAUCUGAAGAGAAAUGUGUAAUGCUUAAAGAUAGUAAUUACGAUAGUAUGUCUGCGAUAAGGCAGGAUACAGAAGGGGUUUAUGACCACACGAAUUCAACUCGAAAUGCUCAUGGAAAAAAUGAAGAUUUAGAUGUUUACGACCAUGCAGACCCUGUCAUUGUCAAACAAAGCCUACAAAUUGAGGAAGAUGGCGUAUACAACCAAUGUGAAUUAAAUAUAAAGUCAGUUAGUGCAAAGACACACCUGAAUAAUGAUACAACUAUUUACGAUCAUGCAUGA